AUGUUAAAUGGUACAAGUGCCAAAAAUGUUCCUUCAAGACCAGAAGGAAAGGUGGACAACAUGUCAACUUUAGAAUACUGUGAAGCAAUCGCAACACGUGAGAGAUCGUUAUGGAAAAGCGUUCACAAUUGCAAAGUAUGCUCCUAUUCUACAACUUCAUUUUUCUUGAUAGUCAACCACGUGAGACGACACCGUUCAUCUCUGGAGGAAUUUACUUGCGACAACGCCAAAAUUGAAACCUAUUACUGCAAAGACUGCGAUUUUAAAACAGAACUAACAAUUUUGUUCAAACAACACAUUUAUAAACAGCACGGCCUUAAGAGAGAAUGUGAAAAGGAUGUAUCGAGUGAGGAUUUCCGCAUACAAAACUACGUUUGCGAAAAAUGCGACUUUCAAACAAAUCUCUCGUUAAAGUUGCUUCAGCACACUUUAACAUGUACGAGAAAUAAAGAAAAUCUUCAAAAUGUGAAUUUUUCAAAAGAGAGUAUCACAAACAAUUCCGACUUUAAGCAAAUUGACGACAUACAUUGGUAUUACUGCGCUGAAUGUUCCUACAAAACUAAAUUAAAAAAAUAUUUAAAACGUCACAUUAAAAAUAGUCAUGCGAACAAACAGUAUGCAUGCGACAAGUGUCUAUUUAAGACAAGACGUAAAGCCGAUUUAAAAAUCCACAUAAACCGAGUCCAUUUAGAUGAACAAGAUGUUGAAUGGCACAAGUGCCAAAAAUGUUCCUUCAAAACCAGAACAAAAAGUUAUUUAAAACAACACAUAAACAACUUACACUUGAACGACGAGGACGCUAAAUGGUACAAAUGCAACGAGUGUUCUUUCAGAACUAAGCAUAAAACAUCUUUAAAAACACACGUAACUGUAAAACAUCUAGACGAAGAAAAAAUUAGGUGGUACGAAUGUGAAAAUUGUCCAUAUAAGGCUAAGCGUUUGAACUGUUUAAAGAAUCAUGUGAUUUUUCAGCAUUUGGAUGAAGAAAAAGUUAAGUGGUACAAAUGUGCGAACUGUUCAUUUAAAAGUAAAACAAGAACUAAUUUGCAAAGGCAUGUAAACAUCCAUUUGAGGAUCACAUCGUAUUCUUGCGAUUAUUGUCGAUAUAAGACGAAACGCAAGGAUAAUUUAAAGCGUCAUGUAAUUGCCCACCAUUUAGUUCGAACCGAAGUUAAGUGA